AGGAGGGGGAGGUAGCACCAAGACUUUUGUGUGGCGGCGGCUGUCACAAGGUUUGCGACCACAAAAAAAAAAUUAAAUAAAUAAAUAAAAAUCCUGGAGACACAAGAGAAGCACGUGUAGUGGGUGGUCCUCAGCACACGGCUUUCACGUGGCUUUAGCGAGCGCCGAGCCCGAGCCGGAGCCGCCGCACCGUCAGUCCGGUGCAGCACCAGCAGGAGACAACAUCAGCAUGGCUGCGGAGAUGGAGCCCGCGGAUGUGAUCCGCCUGAUAAUGCAGUAUCUUAAGGAGAACAACCUCUACCGAACACUGACCACCUUACAGGAGGAGACCACCGUCUCUCUCAACACAGUGGAAAGUAUCGACAGUUUCAUUGCAGAUAUAAACAGCGGACACUGGGACUGCGUUCUGCUGGCUAUUGAGUCCCUGAAGUUGCCUGACAACACACUUAUUGACCUUUAUGAGCAGGUCGUAAUGGAGUUGAUUGAAAUGAGAGAGGUGGGUGCAGCUCGCUCACUCCUCAGACAGACUGACCCCAUGAUCAUGUUGAAGCAGACUCAGCCAGAGAGGUACAUCCACCUGGAGAACCUGCUGACGUGCUCCUACUUCGACCCUCGGGAGGCGUACCCGAAAGGCAGCAGCAAGGAGAAGCGGCGCAGGGCGAUAGCCGAGGCACUCGCGAGGGAGGUCAGUGUGGUGCCUCCUUCACGCCUCAUGGGGCUCCUGGAACAAGUCAGCUCUAUGAGACUACAGCAGUACCCGGGUCAUCUCUCCCCGGACAUGACCAUCGACACGUCCGGCAACAAGGAGAGACAUGUGGAGAAAGAGAGCUUUCCAACGCAGCUGUACCGUCACAUCAAGUUUGGACGACGGUCACAUGUGGAGUGUGCCCGUUUCUCUCCAGAUGGAAAGUACUUAAUCACCGGAUCAGUGGACGGGUUCAUUGAGGUCUGGAACUUCAACACUGGAAAAAUUAGUAAGGAUUUAAAGUACCAGGCCCAGGACAGCUUCAUGAUGAUGGAUGAUGCUGUGCUGUGUAUGUGCUUCAGUCAGGAUACUGAUCUUCUGGCAACUGGAGCUCAGAAUGGCAAAAUAAAGGUGUGGAAGAUCCAGAGUGGUUUGUGCCUGCGCAGGUUUGAGCACGCUCACAGCAAAGGUGUGACCUGUUUGAGCUUCUCCAAGGACAGCAACCAGAUCCUCAGUGCCUCCUUUGACCAGACUAUCAGAAUCCAUGAACUGAGGUCAGGCAAGACACUAAAGGAGUUAAAUGGCCAUUCAUCGUUUGUAAAUGAUGCAUCUUUCACUCAAGAUGGAUUUCACAUCAUCAGUGCCUCAUCUGAUGGCACUGUUAAGAUUUGGAACACAAAGACUUGCCAGUGCAUCCACACUUUCAAAUCACUGUCCCAGACAUCAGAGGUCCCCGUCAACAAUGUGCUUCCUCUACCCCAAAACCCAGAGCACUUUGUGGUUUGUAACCACUCCAACACGUUGGUCAUCAUGAACAUGCAUGGUCAGACCGUGAAGACCUUCAGCUCAGACAGAAAGGAAGGAACAGACUUUGUGUGUUGCACCCUGUCACCCCGCGGGGAGUGGAUUUACUGUGUGGGGGAGGACUUAGUGCUGUACUGCUUCAACUAUACGACAGGAAGGCUGGAGAAAACGCUGACCGUUCACGAGAAAGAUGUCAUUGGCAUCGCUCACCAUCCACAUGAGAAUCUGAUCGCCACACACAGCGAGGACGGCCUCCUAAGGCUAUGGAAACCUUAAACUGUCGUCUGUAUCGUAAUAUGGAGGACUGAGAGAGCCAUACACACGGUUAUAAAGCAAUUCAUUCAUUCCAGUUUAACUGUGCAUUAAAGAGAUCACUUAAUAAAACACCUUACCAAUGGAAAUGUUCAUCCAUCAGUAAACUAUAAACCAGCUCACUGAUUGUGAAAACAAUCUCACCACAAGGACCGUUUAGAGGCCGUUUGAGACUCUUAGUCAUAUCACAUCAUCUUCAUCUGCACAUGGAUUUUCCAAGUUGUUACCUCUAAAUGUCAAAGAGUUCAGGAAAGAUUUAGCCACAUAGCGGGAAAGUGGUGAAAUAGUGGAGGAGACCCGUGGAAAAGGUAAAAACAAGACAAGUUAGUGAAUCAAAGCGGAAAUGAAAAAAUAAGGCUGUUGCCCAAAGCAGCAAACAAACAACAACAACAAAAAAACACAAC